AUGGCCCGGUGGUUCGGGAAUCAGGGCCCCGAUGGGUGGGAGACCGUGUCCCCAGGCCCCGCGAGCCUGGCGCUGGGUGAGGUGGUGGGUGCGGGAGCUGCUGGGAUUGCGUCUGAGAAUCCUGUCCGGGAGGCGAAGCCCUUCCUGUCGGUGCUAACGGCGUCCCGGGCCGCUCAGCACCGUGGAAUCUGCUGCCGUGAGUCCGGUCUCUACUCCUCCAUCUAUGGAGUCCCCCGUCUCUGCUCCUCCAUCUGCGGGGUCCCCAGUCUCUACUCCAUCUAUGGGGUCCCCCGUCUCUGCUCCUCCAUCUGCGGGGUCCCCCGUCUCUGCUCCUCCAUCUAUGGGGUCCCCCGUCUCUGCUCCUCCAUCUGCGGGGUCCCCCGUCUCUACUCCUCCAUCUGCGGGGUCCCCCGUCUCUACUCCUCCAUCUGCGAGAGCGUUGUCAGCGGGAGCCACGCGAUGAUGGACCUCCUGGUGGAGCUCUGCCUGCAGAACCACCUGAACCCGUCCCACCACGCCCUGGAGGUCUGGCCUCCGGAAGCCCAGCAGCCUCUGAGCUUCAAGCCAAACACGCUCGUCGGGACCCUGAACGUGCACACCGUGUUCCUGAAAGAGAAGGUUCCCGACGAGAAGGCCAAGCCUGGCCCCCCCAAGGUGCCCGAGAAGUCCGUGCGCCUGGUGGUGAACUACCUGCGGACGCAGAAGGCCGUGGUGCGCGUGAGCCCCGAGGUGCCCCUACACAGCCUCCUGCCCGUCAUCUGCGCCAAGUGUGACGUGAGCCCCGAGCACGUGGUGCUGCUCAGGGACAACGUGGCAGGCGAGGAGCUGGAGCUGUCCAAGUCGCUCAGCGAGCUGGGCAUCAAGGAGCUCUACGCCUGGGACAACAAGAGAGAAACCUUCAGAAAGUCCUCCUUUGGCAGCGAUGAGACGGAUAAGGAGAAGAAGAAGUUCCUCGGGUUCUUCAAAGUGAACAAAAGAAGCAACGGCAAGGGCUCUCUGACGACGCCAAACUCCCCGUCCGUGACUUCCCGCUCCAUCACGCUGGGCCCAUCGCUCUCGCUGAGCAACAUCUCGGGGGUGUCCGUCAAGUCCGACAUGAAGAAGCGCCGAGCCCCGCCUCCUCCGUCCCUGCCCGGGGCGGGGCCGCCUGCGCAAGACAAGGCAUCGGAGAAGAUGUCCCUGGGCUCCCAGGUGGACCUGCAGAGGAAGAAGAGGCGGGCACCAGCGCCCCCGCCGCCCAGCCCCCUGGGUGUAGGUGGUGGACGGCAGGUGCCACAAAAGCCUCCGAGAGGCACGGCUCGGGGGCCUCCCCAGUUAGUGCUGCCCCCGCCCCCGCCCUACCCUCCUCCCGACACGGACGGGCCCCCCGGCUCCUGCGCGGACGGGGUCCCUGCGGUGCCCGCGGAGGCCGAGGAGACCGUGUCCGUGAGCAGCUGUUUCGCAUCCGAGGACACGACGGAGGACUCGGGGGUGAUGAGCUCGCCCUCGGACAUCGUCUCCCUGGACUCCCAGCACGACAGCACCAAGUCCCGGGACAAGUGGGCCACCGACCAGGAGGACGGCAGCGACCAGGACCUGGCGGGGACCCCGGAGCUGGGUCCGCCCAAGAGCCCCGCGUGGGAGAGAAACGGCCUUGGGCACUGGCAUUCCAGGGCGGAGAGGGCCGCGGCAGCCCCCGGGGAGGACGGGGGCCUGCUCAUCGCCGGGCAGUGGGAGCAGACCCUGGCGGGCCUGGACGAGGACCUGGAAGGGAUGGACGACAGUUAUGAGACCGACAGCAGCUCCGUCACCGGCUCCCUCAGCAGCGCAUCUGGUCGCCGCCUGCAGGGCGCCAUCCCCGACGGUGACACCGAGGCCAUCCCCGUGACCUUCAUCGGGGAGGUCCUGGAUGACCCUGUGGAGCCGGGGCUGUUUUCCAACAGAAACAACAACGCCGGGUCUUUCGACCGGGGGAGCGUGGCCAGGACGGCGAGGGAAGCCAAUGACCGGAAGGGCGUCUCGGCACCUCCGUCCUGGUAUCAACGAGGCCAGAACCCAGGCGGGAGUUUUGGCCUGAAGUACGGCCUCACCACCUACAAGAUCGUCCCCCCGAAGUCGGAGAGGCGGUGCUACGACCCCGGGGUGUCGCUCUCCACGGGCGCCAUCAAGAUCGACGAGCUGGGCAACCUGGUGAGUCCCCCCGGGACCGGGGGCAGGACCGUGGCCCCGGCCUCCUCUGCACUCGAGAAGGAAACCCAGCCCCUUGGGCACGUUCGGGAGUUCCCCAGGGCCGCC